AUGACAACUAGCACUAGCAUUUCUUCUUCGCAGUCGACCGAAAUGCGUCAUAUGCGUCCUUAUGUACAUUAUCAUUGUUCAUGUCCCGAUCUACUUAAACCUGAAGAUGAUAAAGAAGAGACAAAGGUUGUUUCAAAGGUUUCUGAUGUUGUAACUACCUUAACGGAAGAAACAGAAACAGAAACAGAAACUACAACUACUAUCACCACAACAAAAACCAUUACUACUUUACCACCUUUUAAUAUCAACUCGCCACGUUUUCAUUUUACAACCUUUAAUAUAUCCAAGCUUUAUUUUUGUGAUGACUGUCAUCAAAUACGUUGUCCAAGAUGUGUACAAGAAGAAAUAGUUUGCUAUUAUUGUCCAAAUUGUUUAUUUGAAGUUCCGACUGCUAGUGUUAAAAGCGAACGGAAUAGGUAUGUUGUAAGCAAUACUGCUAAUAGGUUUGUUAGCAAGUUAGCAUAA